AUGUCUGUUUUAAUCUACAUUCUUCUCUGUGGAGGGAGUGUUGAAGAAAGCGUGCUGGAAACACCUUUACGAGACAGAACGCGGAAAGAAGAAGCACUGAGAAUGUUAGGAGUCACAGAUUCAACUUUAAGGAAUUUUCAAACUUCUGUCUUUCAUUACUACCAUUUUUUGAUGGUUUAUGACAACAUUGAAAGAAAAUAUAAAUUUAGUCAUAGCUCAGUUCAAGAGAGUUUAUUUAAAUGUCUCGUCAAUUAUUAUCCACAAGAAAUUAUCAAGAGUUGUGAUUUUGCUCUUCUAGAAAGGUUAACGACUUGUAAGAAACUGUCGUGGAAUUCUAUAGUAAUCGUCGAAGAUAUUUUCCAGGAUUUAAUUAAACGAUUGCUAGAAGUCCUACAGGAAAGAUCAGUUACAGCCUUUCAAACACUUUCCCGUCUUCACAUAUGGGAAGACGAGGAGUUCAAUCACCUCAUUGAGCCAGUUCUGGCACGCUACCCACAACUAAUUGAUGUUCGAGACAAUGAAGGUGGAAACGCUCUGCAUAUCGUUGCGUAUGCUGGAGACAAAACAAUCUUUCAAGAGUUAAUUCAGAGUGGUUGUGAGCCGUAUAGUACAAGUGAUACUGGUUCAACUGUUCUUAGCUAUGCUUGUCAAAAUGGAAAACUAGACAUGGUCAAGUAUAUCUGUGAAAAGUAUCCAGAUUUGCUUUCUCCAGAUCAUGAUGACAAAACAGGUAUGACUCCAUUACACUGGACAGCUCAAUCAGGAAAUAUAGAAUUGUAUGAAUACUUGAUAGAAAAAGGUGUAAAGCAAACAUUUCCUGACGGUCAAAGUACACCAUUACAUGAAGCUUGUAAGUUUGGAAGACUAAAUAUGUGUGAAUACUUGGUCAAUACUCAUCCUCAUUUACUAGACGUCAAAGACAAUAAUGGAGAUAAUGCCUUACACACUGCAGCGUGGGGAGGUAACAUUGAUUUACUCAAUUUUCUGUUGGAGAAAGGUUUUGAUGUCAAAACCAAAAGAAAUGAUGGGGGUACUGUGCUUCACUUAUGCUGUAUGAACGGAAAACUAGAGAUGUGUAAGUACUUGGUCAAUGCUUAUCCUCAUUUACUAGAUGUCAAAGACAAUAAUGGAGAAAAUGCCUUACAUGAUGCAGCCUGGGGAGGUAACAUUGAUUUACUCAAUUUUCUGUUGGAUAACAAUUUUGAUGUCAAAACCAAAAGAAUUGAUGGGAAAACUGUGCUUCACUUAUGCUGUAUGAACGGAGAACUAGAGAUGUGUAAGUACUUGGUCAAUGCUUAUCCUCAUUUACUAGAUGUCAAUGACAAUAAUGGAGAGAAUGCCUUACAUGAUGCAGCGUGGGGUGGUAACAUUGAUUUACUCAAUCUUCUGUUGAAGAAAGGCUUUGAUGUCAAAACCAAAAGAAAUGAUGGGAAAACUGUGCUUCACCAGUGCUGUAUAAACGGAGAACUAGAGAUGUGUAAGUACUUGGUCAAUACUCAUCCUCAUUUACUAGACGUCAAAGACAAUAAUGGAGAUAAUGCCUUACACACUGCAGCGUGGGGAGGUAACAUUGAUUUACUCAAUUUUCUGUUGGAGAAAGGCUUCGAUAUUGAGACCAAAACAAAUGAUGGGAAAACUGUGCUUCAUCAAUGCUGUAUGAACGGAAAACUAGAGAUGUGUAAGUACUUGGUCAAUACUUUUCCUCAUUUACUAGAUGUCAAAGACAAUAAUGGAGAGAAUGCCUUACAUGAGGCAGCCCGGGGAGAUAACAUUGAUUUAGUCACCUUUCUGUCGGCUUGA